AUGAAUGACACGUUGACCUUAGAUGUCAUUGGUCGACGAGUUGAAGUUAAUGGAGAACAUGCAACAGUGCGUUUUUCUGGUGUUGUCCCUCCUGUGGCAGGACUCUGGCUAGGAGUGGAAUGGGACAAUCCCACGAGAGGAAAGCAUGAUGGAAGCCAUGAAGGGAUUGUGUAUUUUAAAUGCAGGCACCCAACAGGAGGAUCCUUUGUUCGUCCAAACAAAGUAAAUUUUGGAGUGGACUUUCUCACUGCAGUGAAUAAUCGCUACGUGUUAGAAGAUGGACCAGAGGAAGAUGGAAAAGAGCAACCUGUUACAAUUGGAAAUAAACCUGUGGAAACUAUUGGUUUUGAGUCUGUCAUAAAACAGCAAAGUCAGCUGAGCAAGCUGCAGGAAGUUUCUCUGAGGAACUGCGUGGUGAGUUGUGCUGGCGACAAAGGAGCAAUUGCCAAAGCGUGUCCUAAUAUCAGAAGGGUAGAUUUGUCAAGAAACCUGCUGUCCUCAUGGGAUGAAGUCCUAAGUAUUGCUGAUCAGCUCAAACACCUGGAAGUUCUCAAUCUCAGUGAGAAUAAACUACACUUUCCCUCGGUUUCACCAUCUCUAGCUGGAACAUUUCCUGCACUGAAGGUUUUAGUUCUUAACCGAACAGGAAUAACGUGGGCUGAGGUGCUGCGGUGCGCCCCCGGGUGGCCGGUCCUGGAGGAGCUGUACCUCAAGUCUAACGACAUCUCCAUUUCAGAAAGGCCGGCGGAUGUUCUACAGACGGUCAAGUUAUUAGACCUUUCCUCUAAUCCAUUAAUUGAUGAAAAUCAGCUGUUUCUCAUAGCGUAUCUCCCCAGAUUAGAACAACUAAUCCUUUCUGACGUCGGAAUUUCUUCUAUACAUUUUCCGGAUGCAGGAACUGGGUGCAAAACAUCAAUGUUUCCUUCCUUGCAGUACCUUGUAGUAAAUGACAAUCAGAUCUCACAAUGGUCAUUUAUCAAUGAGCUGGAUAAGUUACAGAGUCUGCGUGCUCUGUCCUGUGUAAGAAACCCCCUGACGGAAGGAGGCAGCGGACCACAGACCACACGCCAGUUCAUCAUCGCCAAAAUCGGUCAGCUGAAGACCCUGAACAAAUGUGAGAUUCUACCAGAGGAAAGGCGUGGGGCUGAGCUUGAUUACCGAAAAGCAUUUGGAAAUGAAUGGAAAAAGGCUGGCGGACAUCAGGAUCCAGACAAAAACAGGCCAAAUGAAGAAUUUCUUGCAGCCCAUCCCAGAUACCAGUCGCUCUGCCUGAAAUAUGGUGCACCUGAAGACGGGGAACUCAAAACACGACAGCCGUUUUUGCUCAAAAACCAGCUACUAACACUGAAGAUAAAAUAUCCUAAUCAGGUUGAUCAGAAAGUCACAGAAAAACAACUGCCAGAUUCCAUGACCAUUCAGAAGGUGAAGGGACUGCUGUCACGUCUUCUCAAAGUUCCUGUGUCAGAACUUGUGCUGUCCUACGAAAGUCCCAAAAUGCCUGGCAGAGAGAUUGAGCUAGAAAAUGACCAGCAGUCAUUACAGUUCUAUUCUGUGGAAAACGGAGACUACCUGUUAGUGCGAUGGUAA